CUCUGUGCUUAAAAGGGAAAGUAUAUGAGAAAUUGUUGAAGUGUUAUUUAUUACGUGGAGGUUAUGAUUUGAUAUGUGAUAUUUAUAUUUUGGUUUUACUUCUUGUGUCAAUAUGUACACGUUAUUCCAUGGACUUUACAAAUACUUGGUGCAAAAAGACGAUUAUUGUGUAUUGAUUCUAGGCCUGGACAAUGCAGGAAAAACAACAUAUCUGGAAGCAGCGAAGACACAGCUUUUGCGUCAAUAUCGUGGUAUGAAUCCGAGUAAAAUCACCAGCACUGUUGGUCUGAACAUUGGACGAGUCGUUGUUGGAGGCAUUGCAUUAAACUUUUGGGAUCUUGGAGGGCAGCAAGAACUUCAGUCACUUUGGGACAAGUAUUAUGCUGAAUCACAUGCUGUCAUAUACAUAGUAGACUCAUCUGAUCGAGACAGGAUUGCUGAAUCCAAAGAAACAUUUGAUAAAAUGAUUAGCAGUCAGACUCUUCAAGGUGUUCCUCUCCUUGUAUUGGCGAAUAAACAAGAUAUCACAGAUUGCAUGGGUGUGCGGGAGGUGAAGCCCAUUUUUAAUGAGAAUGCACAUCUUAUUGGAAGAAGAGACUGCAUGGUCAUGCCUAUUUCGGCAUUAACUGGGGAAGGUGUGGAUGAAGGAAUCAGGUGGCUAGUUGACUGUAUAAAGCGCAACAGUGAUGUACGACCUCCCAGAAACCAAGAUUCUUGAUAACAAUCGUAGUUAUGGCAUGUUAAUCAGGAAGUCUUCUUUCUUUGUGAUGUGUUGAUGGUUGCUGAAUCACUCUUAGGGUUCAUAUGGAAUGUCUCAAGAAAUGUAUCUCAAUGUUCCUAAGAGAUUAUAACUACAAAUGUAAUCAUCAAUUUAAGUGUUAUCUUGUACAGUUCAUUCAUAUUUUUUAACUAAAGAGUAAGAAAUAAUUUAUUAUAGUUGAACUUACAUUAUUUGUAAAUUUCUGAGAUAAGUAUUUUUAUAAACUUAAGUAUGUGAACUUAGGUAUACAUUCCUAUCCAGGAGCAAAGCACAACACAAUGCAGGUUUGCAUUUGUACUUUUUACAUAAGUACUUGUUUGUGUAAUGCAACUACUCUGCCUUUGUUAUAAUUUUUCUCUGAAGCUGAUUGUCUAUCAUAAUUAAGCUCCAUUGCAUCUGAAAUGAUUUAUUUUUUAAACCUGACAUUUCAGUAUUUUAUUUGGCACUUUAACAUUUACUGUUGCUCCAAGACACAUUUGUGAUUUUAUGAUUUUUACAUCUUUGUAAAAUAUAUUGUUGUAACAAAAUCAA